AUGUCGAUAUCGGUGGAUUGGUCGGAAUUACAACCGGAAUUGAUCGAAUCAAUUGCGAAAAAACUCAAAGUUCACAAGGAUUACGUACGUUUCAGAGCUGUUUGUUCGAAUUGGCGAAAGUCAACUUCUAAAACCCCAAAACAUCUCCCCUGUCAACUCCCAUGGCUAAUGCUUCCUCAAACCAAUAAUCAGAAUCGCCAAUCUCAUCUCCGAGCGUUUUUCAGCCUUUCCGAUAACAAAACCUACCGCCUGAGUCUUCCAGAAGCUUCUAACAUUCGUCGCCGAUGUGGAUCCUCUCAUGGUUGGCUUGUAAUCCUCGAAGAAACCCCAGCGGUUUUCCUUAUAAAUCCAUUAACACGAGUUAAACACCACCUUCCACCUUUAUCCUCGUUUCCCAAUGUUACAAAGUUCAAUUUCUAUGAUAUAGGAAGAGAAUACACUCUCAAGACAUCAGAAGGUGAUGCUUACACCUGCAGUUUGAAAGAAAUGCGUGAUUCUUUCAUCAAGAAAGUGGUGUUUUCUUCCAGUCCUUCUGAUUCCGAUUCAGAUUACUUUGCCCUUGCGAUUCUCAACCAAACAGGUGAUCUUGCUUAUUGCAAAAAAGGUGAUAGCUUUUGGAAAUUUAUCGAUAAUGCACAAUCUUAUUGUGAAGAUGCUGUUUAUCACAAGGGGUGUUUUUAUGCUGUGAGUAAAUAUGGAACAAUUGCAGUGUGCGAUGUGUCUAGGGCUUUACCCAAUGUUUCUUUUAUCCAAACACCAUUACAAGUUGGUGGUGAUAUGCAGUAUUUAGUUAGUUUAGAUGAUGAAUUAUUGUUGGUGACACGAUAUUUAGAGCUUGGAUUCGAUGUUGAUCAGCAUCAACUUGAUAUCUUUUACAAAACGACUGAAUUUAGGGUUUAUAAGCUGGUUUUGAAUGGACCAAAGUGGGAGAGUUUGAGUAAAUUGGAUGAAUGGGCUUUGUUUGUGGGGGAGAAUUCAUCAAUGGCUUUUCGUGCUUCUGAUUUUCAAGGGUGUAAAGGGAAUCAAAUUUAUUUCACAGAUGAUUAUUCGGAGUGGAAUUAUGAUGGUGCUAAUGGUGAUCAUGAUUUGGGUGUCUAUGAUUUGGAAGAUGGUUGUGUUGUAGGUUUGCCAUGUUAUCCAAGAAAGUUCUACAAUGGAAGAAGAUGGCCUCCUCCCAUUUGGGUCACUCCAAGUUUGCAUUGA